AUGGUAGUCUCACCGCAAAGCUACCUUGCCGGUGGCUGCAGUCAGGACUCUUUUGAUGAUGCAGAGAAGGGCAUGUAUGACAGCACACUGGAGCUGACGGCGCCUCCACCUUUCGUCUACAUGGGCCAGAAGAGGGCAGUGCAUAUGGAAAACCAGCUAUCCCCCGUCUCGCCAGUCCACGAAAACAUCCCGCCGUUCUCUAGUGUGCCGGAACUGUCACUAUCAUGGCCGGCAGGGAGGCGGGCCGCCGAUGCCAACGUACUCCAGGCGGCUGUCAAGAAACCAAAAUCGCUGAAACCAAACAUCAGUCGAUGGAUCCUGUUCGAGCUUUGGUUCAACACGUACCGGAAGUUCUUCACGUUCGUUACCUUGCUCAACUUGACCGGAAUCAUCAUGGCCACACUCGGUCGGUUCCCUUACGCUGAGAACCACCUAGGCGCUUUGGUGUUAGGCAACCUUCUCUGUGCCAUUCUGAUGCGAAAUGAGUUGUGGAUGCGUUUUCUCUACAUGGUUGUCAUAUAUGGCCUGCGAAGUUGGGCCCCACUGCGCGUUAAGCUAGCAGCAACAUCUGUUCUGCAGCAUGUCGGAGGCAUCCAUUCAGGAUGCGCUCUCUCCGGUGCUGGCUGGCUAGUGUUUAAGAUCGUCGACAUCAUACGGUAUCGUGCCGUUCAGCACCAUGCUGUGAUUGCCAGCGGGAUAAUCACAAACGUCUUUAUCAUCAUUUCCGUCUUGAGUGCCUUUCCCUGGGUUCGAAAUACUUAUCAUAACGUCUUCGAAAAGCAUCACCGGUUUAUUGGAUGGCUGGGCCUCGCAACCACCUGGAUGUUCGUAAUCAUGGGAAACGCUUAUGAUAUUAAACUUAGGCAAUGGAGAGCCGACGCCCAUGUCCUGCUUAGUGCACAAGAGUUCUGGUUUGCUGUGUUCAUGACAGUUUUUGUCCUCAUCCCCUGGGUUACCCUUCGAGAGGUCCCUGUGGUAGUUGAAAUUCCAUCUCCUAAAGUUGCGGUGCUCCGCUUUGAGCGUGGGAUGCAACAAGGUCUCUUGGGAAGAAUCAGCCGCACUUCAAUCAUGGAGUACCACGCUUUUGGAAUCAUUAGCGAGGGCCGGAAGUCUACGCAUCACUAUAUGAUCUGCGGUGUUCAGGGCGACUUUACAAAGGAUCUCGUUGCUAAUCCGCCCAAGACAGUGUGGACUAGAGAGCUGAAGUUCGCUGGCGUUGGGCAUGCCUCCGCAAUGUUCAAGAGAGGAAUCCGCAUCUGCACCGGAACCGGAAUUGGGGCAGCGCUAUCCACCUGCAUCCAGAGCCCAAACUGGUUUCUCAUUUGGAUAGGCUCUGAUCAAGAGAGAACUUUCGGACCAACCAUUACGGCUCUAAUCCAAAAGCACAUCGAACCCGAGAGAAUGAUCCUCUGGGACUCGAAAAAACGUGGAGGACGACCAGACACCAUGGAACUUCUUAAAGACGCGUGGACAAGAUUUGAAGCCGAAGUCAUCUUCAUUACGUCCAACAUGCAGGGAAAUGAUGAGAUGAUGCAAGGUUGUCGCGAAGCCGGAUUGCAUGCAUUCGGCACUCUGUGGGACUUCUAA